GCUCAAAAAAGUUCGACCGCUGAGAAGACGGCAAUCCCGCCAUUCUACGUGGUCUCAGCAUGGUUGCACAGCCUUGCUAAGGACACGUACAGCCAGGCUUUGGACAUUGCACUCAGGAGUCUCGACUUAUCACCGCACCAGCCUUGCCGACGCCAAACUCGCGGCGCGUGAAAAUGCGACAGGCUCUGGUGUUCAGCGGAAGCUCGCAUCCACUGCUUGUGGAGAGCAUUUGCGACCGGCUUGGCCUGAGUCCGGGUCAGGUGGAUCUUGGGAAGUUCAGCAAUGGCGAGACCAGCGUGGCAAUCAAAACUUCUGUUCGAAACAAGGAUGUUUUCAUUGUGCAGAGUGGAAGCCACAAAAUCAAUGACAAUGUCUUGGAGCUCCUCAUUAUGAUCUCCGCCUGCAAGGGCGGCUCUGCAAAGUCUAUCACAGCUGUUAUGCCAUACUUCCCUUACUCUCGCCAAUCAAAGAAGAAGUCUCACCGGGGAGCCAUCACCGCCCGCAUGAUCGCCAAUCUGCUGAAGGUAGCAGGCGUGAACCAUGUCAUCACGAUUGACCUUCACGCGAGUCAAAUGCAGGGUUUCUUCAAGUGUCCAGUUGACAAUCUCGUCGCAGAGCCGCUGAUAGCCAAAUGGAUCAGGCAGAAUAUUCCAGAUUGGAAGAGGGGCGUGGUCGUGAGCAAAAACCCGGGAGGCUCAAAGCGGGUUACCUCACUGGCAGACGCGUUGAAGCUCAGCUUUGGUAUCAUGACGACGGACAGAAGAAGGAUCAACAUGGCAGAACACAGCAUAGCCGGCAGCGUCAUCUUCGAUAAGCUCGCCCGCGGCACGAGAAGUGACGAGGAGCCUGGCUUUGCGGAAGAGGAUGUUUCGAUGAAGAUUCCUGGGGCGAUGCCAGAAACAGCGCCGACACAAACUGACGGAGCGGCCGAGCAAGAUGAGAACAGUUCUGCAAGGCGGCCACGUCAACGGCAGAGGACCAUUUCAAGCUCGCAUCUCAGGAAGUCCAGGGAGCGCCACGAGUUCCUGGGAAGCCCUCUAGUUAAGUCAACCUUGGCCGGCGAACCCUCUCCUUCGCCUUCGCCGAACCGUCUGGCACGAAUCAGCACAGCGCCAAGCGCGACGUCGGUCCACCAGGACGAUGCAAAUGAAGAAUUCAUAGACGAGCGUGCACGAGACGUGAUCCAUGGCAGGUUGGUCCAUGGACACAUCGUUGACGAAGACUUCCCCUCGCCCGCAUUCUCUGCGCGCUCCACCAACAGAGAGGCGAACGUAUCCUGCGCAUCCUCGGACGGCGAUCCACCUGCGGACAUGAUGGCCUCGUUCAUGUCCACGGCCUCUAGCUACAGGCGGGCAGGCGACAAUGGUGAAAACGAGCACGCGCUGGGUGGCACAAUGGACGCAGCACAAUCAAGCGAUGACGAAGAGGAGCAGCUCAAGGAUCCAGAGCUUGAGACCACGGUCACACUUGUGGGUAACGUACGCGACAGAAAUGUCUUCAUUGUCGAUGAUAUGAUCGACAAGUCUGCAUCGUGGAUUGCGGCGGCCGAAACCGUGGUCAAGCGCGGCGGUGCUACCAAAGUGUAUUGCAUCGCAACACAUGGACUCUUCGGAGGCAAUUCCCUCGAGGAGAUGGAGGCAUGCGAAUGCAUCGACGGCAUUGUCGUAACGAACAGCUUUCCAAUCGAUCCUAGCAAGACGCGGAUGGCAAAGAAGCUGACAAUCUUGGACGUGAGCCAUCUGCUGAGCGAGGCCAUUCGAAGGAACCACAAUGGCGAGAGCAUCAGCAAUUUGUUUAUGCAUUACGAUUAAGAGUCGUCGUCUGUCGGUUGGGCGAAAGGUUACAGCCUUGGCCCCGUGGUGGUUGGAGAAAUGCCCGUCGUGUGUACACCCGUGGAAGAGCCCAUGAAAAAUGGAUGCUGGUGUUGCAGAACAGGCAGCGACUGGCUUCGCACAACAUUCCAAACCCAAUGGUGGCUCGGAUGAUCAUGGUGCCACACUCGCUUAGAUGGUAAUCGCUGUCAGCAGUCCGGAUAUGAGGUGAAGCUUGUCGAUUGGGGCACUUGCCUGAGGAUGCUGAGAGACUGCGCGGGCAGCGAUCGCAUCACAUCUCUGUAUCAUGACCAUUGCUUGAUGUUAUUUCGCAGAUCGCACUCUCCGGCUGAAUUUGCAAGUACGAGAGGGAGAUAAUGUACGCUGUCAACGAAGGUGGCUUCAAGUGGGGUUUACAUGCUGUAUGAUUAAAAAUCGCACAAAAGUAGCGCUCAUCAAAGCGAUGUGACCAAGCGGUCGAGCACAUGCAAGUCUUUGGCAACGUCGAUGUACAUGCGUGCAAGACGCGCAGACGCCUUCAUGGCGGAAGACCUUCGUCAUGGAACGACGUUGUCACCGUUGUCGUCGUCCAAGGCUGCCGCCCAGCCUUAUGCGGCCCUUUUGCGGCCUAGCUCAGCCUUGGCCGCCGGCUAGCCAGCACGCUGCAGCGUCUGAGUCCGAGCGAGCCCUCCGCGCGUUCGUCGUUCGGGCCAUCGGCUCUAGUGGCUGAGCAGUCUCUUGCAGAAAGGAGCUCUUGCGUCUGUUUGUCC